AUGGAAUCCUAUCAAACAGAAUUUUUGAACGUAGCUUUAGAAUCCAACGCCUUAAAAUUUGGUUCUUUCACUUUGAAAUCCGGUCGUCAAUCUCCUUAUUUCUUCAACUUAGGAUUCUUUAGUACUGGUAAGCUUUUAUCUACUUUAGCAUCAUCUUAUGCUAAGGCAAUUAUUAAAUCUGGUAUUAAAUUUGAUAUUCUUUUCGGACCUGCUUAUAAGGGUAUUCCAUUAGUUGCUAUUACUGCUGCUAAAUUAGCCGAAUUAGAUCCAGAAAAUUUCGGUGAUAUUGGAUAUGCUUUCAACAGAAAGGAAAAGAAAGAUCAUGGUGAAGGUGGUUCAAUUGUUGGUGCAGAAUUAAAGGGUAAGAAAAUUCUUAUCAUUGAUGAUGUCAUCACUGCUGGUACUGCUAUCAAUGAAGCCUUUCAAAUUAUUAAAGGUGAAAGUGGUAUUGUUGCUGGAUGUAUUAUCGCCUUAGAUAGACAAGAAACUACUGCUGAUUCUAAUUUAUCUGCUACUCAAGGUGUUUCUCAAAAGUAUGAUGUUCCAGUCAUUGCAAUUGUUACUUUAACUGACAUUAUUGAUAUUUUAAAGGACAGAAUUGCUCCAGAAGAUCUUAAGUCAAUGGAAGCUUACAGAGUUAACUAUUCUCCAAAAGAUUUAUAA